AUGAGCAAUUACCCAACUGAGCCAAAUCCCAACUCAAAAAUCUCUGCAUUCGGAACAGUAAAUUGCCAAACAAUCAGCGGCCUUCCAAUUCUUCAACUCCGUGAUACUGUUAAGACAAACAAUGGUCCUCAAUUUGACAUUGUCGACGAAGCUAUUUACCAUUUCCGUACUAACAUCUUCAUGCGCGACUUCCCAGCUAAGACAGGCGCUGAUCGUCUCAUCAUCUAUCUUACAUUCUACGGAAUGAAGUGCUUAAAGUUCAUUGCCAAGAACAAGACAAACAAACAAAAAUGCCAACUUGAGCUCGACGGCUGGAACUUAAAGCCAUUCCCAAUUCCAGGCGAAGGCGGCUUCAUAAUCGAUUCUUAUGUUACAGCUCCAGCUAAUAACGAGAAGACACAGCUUCGUGAAUACUUCAAGAAGCUCCGCAUUGAAAUGGGCAACAGACUUCUUGCAAGAAUCUUCGCUCAAGGAAAUGAAGCUGAUAAGUGGUGGAUUUGCUUUGCCAACAAGAAAUUCCUUGACAAGGAAAUGGCAAACUAA